UCUCUCAGGACUCAAGCGGGCUGAGGAGGGGCGCCCUGACUCGCGCAAGCGCCCGCCUUGGGAACCGAGCGGGUCUUUGAGGCGCUUCUACUACAGACCAACAUGGCUGCCCGCCUAAAAGGAGGACUUUGUGCUGGAGGUGACAGACCAACAUCCCCGAAAAUGGAAGAAGAAGCAUCCACUAAUGCUCCGAAAUCUCCCCAGGAAUCCAUCCUUAAAGAAGAGACUAUUACAGCGAGAAAGUGGGUGAAGCUUGAACAAACAACGUAUGUUGAUCCCACAGGUAAAACAAGAGUGUGGGAAUCUGUGAAGCGCACGACCAGAAGAGAAGGCGUUUCAGCGGAUGGGGUUGCCAUCAUUCCUGUGUUGCAAAGAACUCUCCACUACGACUGUAUGGUUCUAGUGAAACAAUUUAGGCCACCCAUGGGACGGUAUUGCUUGGAAUUCCCAGCAGGUCUGAUCGAUGAAAACGAAAGUCCAGAGGACGCCGCUUUGCGUGAAUUGGAGGAAGAAACGGGAUAUAAAGGGGACAUCCUUGAGUGCUCUCCAGCGCUUUGUUUGGACCCAGGCUUGACAAAUUGCACAUCUCACAUUGCGACUGUCGUCAUCAAUGGAGACCUUCCGGUCAAUUUGAAGCCCAAACAAAAACCUGCUGAAGGAGGUAUGUGGUAAACUUAAGUUGACGGUAGUUGGAACCACAGAUAAGUAUGCUGCUUCACUGUUUUCAGGAUUUUGGGGGUUUAAUAGCUGUAUCCUUCCAUUAUCUUUCAACAAGUUCCAUUAUAUUUCAAUUAAAAAACAGAAGCCUAUGCAGCUACGUUGGUCCAAAGCAACAACACCCCCCCCUGCCCCCAACCAACAAAAGCCAGGUAAUGACUUUGAUUAGGACCAACCAAAAUGACCUAAAACAGCACACACACUUCAUCUGGCUGAAUGUUACCAAAACAAACAAAACAAAAUGUGGGUGGGGGGAUGUCUUACAUCAGGACCUGUUGAAGUGGAGGAAAUCUUGUUUGUACCUCGUGCAGCACCUUAACAUUUGCACCCAGCCGUGCCUCCUCUGCUCUCUGCCUCCAAGGCACCUGCGUCUCUUGGCUGGACGUUUGACUGCUGCUGGCCCUUUGUGUGUCCGAGGGGAAGACUCUGCUUUGUACUGCCCCUGUGGUGCAACCUGACACUGCCCCCACUUUAAGUCUGCUUAUCUUCUAAGCAUUUUACACAUAAAUUAAUAAAGUCUUAAGUUUUAACACACACACACACACACACACACCCAUUUUAUUAUUUUGUAACUUCCAGCCUGAUGAAGGGAACUCAAAAACUUGCACCGUGUUUUGUGCCAUUUAGAUGGUCCUAUGAAAAAAGUGUCACAUAGCUUUUUAUUCCUGUUUUUGGACUCUUUUUCAAUUAUCCACUGGCGCGUGUGUGAGCUGCACAGAGGAUUCAAAAGGAUUCCUAAUUCUUCAGAGACUGAAUAUCUGGGAUGAUCUGCUAGGAAGGGAUCCAACGUCUCUUCUCUUAGUGCUACUUAUAAAUAAUAUCCUCAAAUGGUGGCGGAGAGGGCCGUCAAGUCAUAGCUGGGAUUUCCAUGGCAAGAGACUAAGGGAGGUGGUUUGCCAUUGCCUGCCUCUGCAGCCCUGGCCCUCACUGGAGGGUCUCCCAUCCAAUUACUAAUCAAAGUCAGCAGCCCCGCUUAGCUUCAGAGAUCUGACCAGAUCAGGCUCGCCUGGGCUAUCCAGGUCAGGAUGUAAUACCCUCAAAUAAUUUUUUAAAAAUCAUAUUGGAAAGUAAAAAAGAAGAGUUUUGAGAUUCCUAGGGCUUUGUUCUUAGCAGGUGAAAACCAACAGCUCUGCCGGUUGCAAUGCCGAGGCCAGCCAGAGAGGAGCCAGGAUGCGGCCAAGUCGUUAGUGCCAGGCUAGGCUAGGCCAGGCUCCUGUUUGAACCCCCGUUCUUCCGUGGAAGCUCGCUGGGCGGCCUUGGGCCAGUCACUCUUUCGCAGCCUAGCCUACCUCCCAUGAGGGAGUGGAGGAGGCCAGCUGCUUGGAGUCUCCGUCGGGGUGGAAGGGGAGGUAUAAACAAGGUAAACGCAUACAAACAAAAGAAGCCCGCUCCCUUCAACUGGCCAGAGAGGUGCAGGGAAAGUGGCACCUGGAGCAGCAGACCUGGCAGGGCUAGCGUGCCCACCCUCCUCUCCCUAGUCAGAAUUCAGAGUGGCUGUCCAGGGAAACCACCGUUCUAGAUGCCUAAGAAAUAUUUUGCAUGAUGAUGAUAGAGCAAAAUGUUGUUUUGCCUCUUCCUGCCUGUGGCCGCUGGGCUGUUCUCCAUCUCCAGCGGCUGGGAGGCAGGCAGGCUUUUGUGGGAGGCCAUGAAGCCCACAGCUGGGGGGCAGACUCACACAAGCACGUCCUCUUCAAUGGGACACUGCAACUGAACAGAGGCUAGUCAGGUCUGAGUUUCCUUCUGGGUCCUAAAGUAGUUAAAUCUCACAUGAUUUUUACUCUUGUUUUUGAUUAAAAAGAGGUUGCAACUUGAUUUUUUUUGUUGUUCUUCCUGGCAGAAUUUGUGGAAGUAGUUACGCUACCAAGGAAUGAUUUGUUGCAGAGAAUUGAGGAGCUGGUGACCGCACAGCACCUUAUUGUGGAUGCCAAACUUUAUGCUUAUGCCUUGGCCUUGAAGCAUGCAUCAGAAACACCAUUUCAAGUACCAUUCAUGAAAUUCUGAGACUGCACCGUAUUUG